AUGACACUACUUAUUCCCAAGUAUAAUAACCCAGAUGAAAAAAGUAUAAACUUGGAAGGAAUCAUCUUUGCAUCUGUUGUGGGGGCUAUCGGGAUUGUUGGUGCAAUAAUGGUAAUCACAGUAUUCAGAAAAUGUUCCAGAAAGGGCCGUCCAAACAUAUAUGACCAAUCUAUCAAUCUCAGUAGAGAAGCCAAUGAAGAACAGUAUGAUUAUGAAGCACUACAGAAAAACAAGGAGCAUGAAGAAGGAUACGAGGAACCAUUGACUGGACGAAUAGACAAUAACACUGAAACCACACAGCAAAUAAAUAAUGUACCGAAUGUAUAUAUUGAUAUUUGUGGCUAAUCAGACUUCCA